AUGGGAGCCAAACAGAUGAAAUGUCUCAGCUCAGCCAGCCCUGCUCACUCCCCCAAAGAGGAGUAUGUUAUCACACAGUCCAGUGACAUCCUUAAAGAAGAAACAGUCCAUGAUCAGUCUGAGGACCAAGGGGAACCUCAGGAUGACAAAUCUGAGCUGACAGAGAAGAAAUCUGUCACAGAGGAGGUGUCUCUCUGUGGAUUGUGUCCCUCCCUCGGGCAUGAUGUGCAAGAGGAAGAGAAGUCCUGGGCGGAGCAGCUGGAUGCCCACCAGGAGCAGCUGGAGAGGGAAAUGCAGGAAGCCAGGAGGAUGGUGUUCCGCCUUCAGGCUUUACUGCUCAAUGGCUCCCUCCCCGAAGAAGACCAGGACGGCUCUGUGAGCUUCGGAGAUAACCGGGCUAACGCUGAACAGCAGCUGGUUCUAAUCCGCAGUCGCCUGGACCAAAGCAUGGAGGAAGCCCUUGAUCUCAAGAGGGAACUCCUGAGACACAAACAGGAGGCGCGCCACAUUCAGGCCAUCAAGGAUGCUCUGCAGCAGCGCCUGGCAGUGCAGGAGGAUGCCGUGCUGCAGCUAAAGCAGGAACUACUGAGGAACAACAUGGCCAAAGAUCAGCUGGAAGGGGAAAAUGUAGAGCUCAAACAGAAGUUGAGUGAACGGAACAAAUUACUCAGUGAAUAUGAGCAGCAACUUGGGAGGAAGGACAGAAUACUGCAGCAGCAGCAACAAAAGCUUGAUGAUGCUCAGCACAAAGCACAUGAAGUCAGCCUUGGACGGUCAUUCAGGAGUGAAAGCGGUGGUUACAGUAACUCAGUGACUUCAACAUCUCCUCCAGCAUUCCAGCACAGUGCUCCAGGAGAAGAGCUGCAGCUGGUGAGGGAGGCCCUGCGUAGUUUGAGGGACAGUUUUUCUGGCCACGACCCCCAACAUCACACCCUGGACACUCUGGAGCAGGGUGUGUCUAGUCUCAUGGACCGCUUACACACUUUGGACACCCAACGCAGACAGGACAAAGGGGAGGAAUUUAGAUCACCAGGGCGCAGAGCCAACUCGACAGACCGUGACUCUUGGCCACCGAGCUCAAAAAUGGCACACUCCCACAGCAGCCCGGGGUUGGAUUCCGCCGUCUACACUAAAGUGCUAUACUUCACUGAUCGCUCACUUACUCCGUUUCUUAUUAACAUCCCAAAAAGGCUGGGUGAGGUGACACUGCGAGACUUCAAGGCUGCUGUGGACAGACAAGGCAGUUUUAGAUACCACUUCAAGGCCCUCGACCCAGAGUUUGGCACAGUGAAAGAGGAGGUUUUCCAGGAUGGUGCAGUCGUUCCUGGCUGGGAAGGAAAGAUUGUAGCGUGGGUGGAGGAGGACCACGGAGAGAGGAGGUAGAAUCUGAAAAACCAGAGAUCACCACU